GAGACGCAGACGAGAAAUCCGCUUAGAAAAAAUGAUUUAUUUGAAAAGUUACUGUCUUUUAGCCAUGGCUACGGAACUGCUGUUUGUGAGUCCGGUAUUUGGUUGGCACGACCUGGACAAUAGCGAGUACGACUGCUGGCCCCUGGACAAGCCUGACGAGCUGAACAUGAUCGACUGCGGAGGGCUGGAGAUGGCGUGGCUGGACAGACCACCAGACACAGUGAAGGUUGGGGAGGUGUUCACCGUGUCCUACUCUGUCACCACCCAGGACAGCUUCUACCAGUGGGCCCUGGACAACAGCAUUUUCACACACAGCUCCAUCGUGGAUGUAGCUGCAGCUAAGAGCUUCUGUGAGGACCAUGAAUGUCCUGCCAACUGGAGAGAUGCUAACGAGGACAACUGCUGCAUCCACCACGCCAACAUCCACUCCUGCCCCCUGGGAUACAUGACUACAGAGAGGAUCUGUGGUCCCUGGAUUCCAGAUGAUGGUCAGAUCUUCACACACACCAUCUCCACUUCUGGCAAGAUGAGCCAGACCAACUGGACCGCCAAGGUGGUGCUGACCCAUGUGGGGCUGACCUCCCUGAUUGCUCACAUCAGAGUGGGACUCAUGCAGGUGGCCCUGGAGGCCAAGAGCACCGUGCUGCCCGCAACACACUGUGGGGACAGUGUGUGUGAGCAGGAUGAGCAGUGCUCCACCUGUCCUGCUGACUGUGGAGAGUGUCCCAUGAGCACCUCCAUCAAGCUGGCCAUCAGCCUGCCUGCUGCCCUGGUCAGCAUCAGCUUCUUCUGCACUGCCAUGUGGUUCAGGUACCAGAAGCAGAGGAUGUUCUGGGACGAGAGCUGGAUCAUAGAAUAUGGACAGAUCAAACAAGACCAGAUGACCAGGACCACCAUGGGCAGCAUCAUCAGUGUUCCUCUGGCCAACAGCGACUCCAACACCAGCUGUGUGACGGCACUCAGCUCCUGCACCACCCAGCACGCCUCCCGCAAGAACCUCUUCACUCUCACCGGGAUGUAUGAUGGCAGAUCUGUGGCGAUCAAGAGGAUCCACACCAAAACCUUCUCCCUCUCCAAGUCCAUCAGGCAAGAGGUCAAACAAGUCAGGGAGCUGGACCAUCCUAACUUGUGUAAGUUCUACGGAGGCUGUGUGGAGGUUCCCAACGUUGCCAUAGUUACAGAGUACUGCCCCAAAGGCAGUCUGAAUGACGUGCUGCUGAAUGAGGAGAUACCCCUGAACUGGGGCUUCAGGUUCUCCUUUGCUACAGAUAUCGCCCGGGGCGUGGCCUACCUGCACCAACACAAGGUGUGUCACGGACACCUCAAGUCCCUCAACUGUGUCCUCGACGACCGCUGGGUCUGCAAGAUCACAGACUACGGGCUGUCCACCUAUCGGAGAGAGGACAUGUCUGAGCCCCUGACGACCUAUCAGCAGAGACUACAGGAGGUGUACACGCCCCCUGAGUGUCACAACUGCAACCUGGAGCCCACCCUGGCUGGAGAUGUGUUCAGUUAUUCCAUAAUCCUGCUGGAGAUCGCUACUCGCAGCGACCCCGUCCCUGUGGAGGAGUCCUCUCUGGAGUGUGCCUGGUGCCCCCCCCUGCCAGAGCUCAUCUCAGGGAAGACAGACAACACCUGCCCCUGCCCUGCCGAGUACGUGGAGCUUAUCAGGCGCUGCCGUUCUCAUAACCCCGCCCACCGGCCGGCAUUUGAGCAGAUCAGGAAGGUCGUCCAGAGGAUCAACCCUCACAAAGUCAGCCCUGUGGACAUGAUGAUGAACCUGAUGGAGAAGUACAGUAAGCACCUGGAGGUGCUGGUGGCAGAGAGGACACAGGACCUGAUGCACGAGAAACAGAAGACAGACCGACUGCUGUACAGCAUGCUGCCUCGUCAGGUGGCAGAUGACCUGAGGCAGGGGAAGCCUUCUCAGGCCCAGAGCUUCAUCAGCGCCACCGUCUUCUUCAGUGACAUCGUGGGGUUCACCCAUCUCUCCAGCUCCAGUACUCCCUACCAGGUUGUAGGCUUCCUCAACAAGCUCUACACAACCUUCGAUGACAUCAUAGACAACUACGACGUCUACAAGGUGGAAACCAUAGGGGACGCCUACAUGGUGGUGUCAGGUGUGCCCAAGGAGAACGGCAUCCAACACGUGUCUGAGAUCUGCAGCAUGGCUCUGGACCUGGUGGCUGUUUGUCGCAGCUUCAGAAUCCCUCACAAACCCAACACCCUGCUGCAGAUACGUGCUGGUAUACACUCAGGUCCGGUGGUGGCUGGUGUGGUCGGCACCAAGAUGCCUCGCUACUGUUUGUUUGGAGACACAGUCAACACAGCCUCCAGGAUGGAGUCCACCAGCGAGGCCCUGAAGAUCCAGUGCAGCUCCGGUACAUUCUACCUGUUGGAGGAGAUAGGAGGCUAUGUGCUAAACUGCAGAGGCAUGCUCCAGGUCAAGGGUAAGGGGGAUAUGGUGACCUACUGGCUGGAGGGGAAGCAGGCGUCCCUGUCCUGUAAGGACCCCUACCACGACCCCUCCAGGGUGUCCAGUAGGAAGCCUGCCGUGGUUCCUGACAGUGACAGAGAGCUGUACUCCUCCAUGCCAGGCUUCCUCAACCACGACCUGCUGCUGGACCCUGCCUGACCCCUGACCCCCUCAUGCUGGACCCUGCCUGACCCCUGACCCCCUCAUGCUGGACCCUGCCUGACCCCCUCAUGCUGGAUCCUGCCUGACCCCUGACCUCUAACCCCCUGAUGCUGGAACUUCCUGUAUCUGUAGUAGUUCCCAAGCUAAAAGAUUGUUAUACUUAAAGCAUGACUACAAAGU